AUGGUGCAACUAGUUGCUCUGGCUUUAUACGAUCGGGUUAAUUUCUCCCGUGGGAACUCCCGGCGAAUUUUUGGCCAUGAGGCUUAUCACUGGGGCAUUAUCAUUACGCCCCAGCCAAGCAGCGGACGAGACUGCCAUGCCUUCGAAGCCACCGAUGCAUCUGAUAUCGACCCUGUCACGUUUCGCAUGAACAAUCCUACCAUGGGCUGGUGGAUGCGACAUAAACCAAACGUCAAUCCUGACCUUAGCGCUAAGCUCCUUGGACGUAUCGUUAUUGGACAAAUUCCAGAUGGUGUCUCGGGUGCUGACCUGAAAAAGGUCUUUGAAAGAGUUCCUCUGCCAGUCAAGAAUACACAUCCGCAACAGAGCUGUGUUACAUGGGCUAUAGACGCUAUACGUACCAUGCAAAAGCAAGGGUGGGUACCGCAAAUUGAACUCAAUGGGUUGAAGGACUGGGCACUCUAUUAUGCCGACGAGAGGAUGAAAGGAACGAGUGGAAGGGAACCGAAAGUUAAAGUCUAUGGUGUUUAG